CCUGGGAGCUGUAGUUCCCCGCGGGCGGGGCGGGAGGUAUCCGGGGACCUGCUUCCUCCCCACCAGCGCCUCAGGUCAGACGCGUUGCGCGCUUCUGCCUACAAAUCCUUCGGAGGAUCGCUGCCCACCUGCAGCCUUCCUCCCCCGGAACAGCUCCCUGGGUGCGGCGUGGCAACCAGAGCGUGAUCAUGGCAGCCAAGGCUUUUAGCGCCUCUGAAGGAGGCCUUCUGCCUUCAUCAGCGGGUUUAGUCCUUACUUGCUUGAAUGAUUCUGAUAAGCUAAGUAGAUCCUACCCCUGGGGCAACAAGAGCAGGAAAAGUCGUCUCUCUGGACUCUGUCGGCUUAGAGCAUCUCUGUCUGGGGAGAAAUGGAGCUCUUACUGUUUGUCUUCGCUGACAGCUCGUAACAUUUGUUCCAGCAAAACUGAUAACUCGUGGGCUCAGUGGGAUUCCACCUCUCUCUCUGCUUCCAUUGGAAGUUCUGCUUCUUGCUCCUUUUUGCAUACCCCUGCUGUGGAGGAAUCCAGCCAGCACCUCCCAGCUGCUGCACGCAACCCAAACAAAGCCAUCUUCACUGUGGACGCCAGCACAACAGAGAUCUUAGUGGCUAAUGAUCGAGCCUGCAAGCUGCUUGGGUGCAGUAGUCAGGAACUCAUUGGUCAAAAGCUGUCCCACUUGAUAUCCAAACCCAGUCAAGAGGUGUGGGAAGCUGUGGGUGAGGAGUACCUAAAAACUUAUGAAUGGUCAUCGGUGGUUUCAGGAACUGUGAUGGAUGUUACAGGUCGCCUCAACGAGAAGAUCCCUGUCUCAGUCUGGCAGAGGCAGAUAAGAGGGAAGGACACCCAGCGUUGUGUGGUUGUGCUGGAACCAGUGGAAAGACUUUCAGCUUCUGUUUGCUUCAGGGUUGACGGAGAGAUUACAUCAUGUGACCUCCUUUUUGCCCAUCUCCAUGGCUACCCAACACUGGAAGAAGUAGUUGGGCUCCACAUAAGAGACCUGAUUCCUUCUGUGCAGAUCCCUCCUCUAGGCAAAAAAAUCCCAAAGAACCUCAGGACCCAGCGAGCUGCAGGCCGAUCCAGAGAGGGUAACGUGUUUCCUCUCAGUUUAAAGCUGCAAGUCAGCCUUCUGGAGGAGGACCAAGCAAGGGUGCAGAAGGAUGGGAUUCUGCAGACAGAAGGCUCUCUCCCAGGCUAUCAGUACUCUGCUACAGUUGUGGUUUUUUCCACCAUCAGUGGUCUUAUUACUGUCCAGUCGGAUGGAAUCAUCUGUGGCAUCAACGAUAGUUUUGCUUUAAUGCUCUUUGGUUAUGAGAAGACAGAACUGUUGGGAAAGAACAUUACAUUCCUGAUUCCCGGUUUCUAUAACAACAUGGAGAGAAGCAGUGAGUGUUCUUUGCCUUUCCCUCCUCUGGAUGACUCCACGGGGACAGAGGACAGCAGCUCCUUGGCUGCAUCUUUAGCACAUCUUCUGUCACGAGAGGAAGAGCAGAAAUUGGAACAAAGACACAAAGAUGACAAAUUAAUACAUGAUGAGAAUAAACAAAAGAACGGGACCAGUUUCUUUUCUCCUCCCUCACCUCCUGAAGUGGCAUCCACCCCCACUAAUAGUUCUAGGCUAGAAGACAUUCUAAAUACCUCAUCCCAUGGCCCAGUGAAGCUGCCUUCUGUUGUUACCUGUAACUCACCUGGAACACCAACAAUGGAUGAGCCAUGGCCAGGGACAGCACUGGACUGCAGGCAAGACUUUCAAAGCCACGUGGUUACAGGUCAGGCAUCAAAAACAAACUCGAGGUGUGAUGCAGAGCAUUCCAGCCCUGAGCACAUUGUUGUUGAAAACUGCCUGCUAAAUGGUGAUCCAGCCUUCUUUGAACAUGAAAGAAAUACUGUCUAUGAUGUUUGUUCAGCAAAUAAAGUGGGUCACAGUGCUUCUGCACCAGGAGUUGCCACAAUCUCUGAAGAUGUUAAAGAAUCAGACACUGAACUGAACUGUAUUUGCUCUGGUCUUGAGGUACUGGGUCUGAAUACUUGUGUCAAGGGGAACUCAGACAAUUCUUUAGGUGUUACUGCAGCUCUUGUAGGAGCAUGCUCGUCUGAUGCAGUAGACUCCAAUAUGCUAACUGAGACAAACAGCACUUUUUCCACUGGUCAAGGAAAGCAGGUGCUGAGUGGUGUUGCCACAGAAGCUGGUUCUGGGUGGCUGGCCUUCCAGAGGCAUUUACAAAACUCUGAAGAAUCCUCCAAAGCAUUUCCUGAGAAAGCCGAAACUCUUGCAGAAACUGUGGGGCACAACACUGGCAGAAAUCCCCUGAAAGGCAAAGGUGGGCCUGAAGAACUCAGUCAGCUGCAGGGGCAGCAAAAUAUGGAGAGAAAAGUAACCUCGACCCCGGUGAAACGAGAAGGAAGGCUGAAUCCAGCAGCUCCUUUGAUCUGGGAGAUUCUGGAAGGCAGCUACACUGGGAAUUGCUGUCACAGAGAUGGUUCACAGUUCAGUGUACUCUUUGAGGUGAAAUGUGCAGAACUGCAGGACCCCACUGUACUUUUCUGUGUCUGGGUGGUGAAAGACCUUUCACAGAGCCAGAAGGAAGCUGUAGCAAAGACUCAGCUUUUGCUCUCCAGCCUAGCAAGCUCUGCCCAGUCUGUUGCUGAUCUUUCUACAAACAGUCUUGGAGAAGCCAUCAGAUCAACUUCACUUUUCAAUAAUUCCCAAAGAGCUGAAGAGUUGGAAGGAUUAAGAGCAUGUGAGGGAGAAUACACAAAAAAUUACAGCACUCUCAGUCUUAUUGGCAAAGGCGCUUUUGGCUUUGUCUGGACUGCCAGGAGCAAGAAAGAUCAACAGGAGGUUGUCGUGAAGUUCAUCUGGAAGGAGAGGGUGCUGGAGGACUGCUGGGUAGAUGAUCCUGAGCUGGGGAGAGUCACUCAAGAAAUUGCAAUCCUGCUGAAGCUGCAGCACCCCAGUAUCAUUAAGGUGCUGGAUGUAUUUGAAAAUGAAUGCUUUUUCCAGCUGGUGAUGGAGAAGCAUGGCUCGGGUCUGGAUCUCUUCACGUUCAUUGAUAAUCAGCCCAACUUGGAUGAGCCAUUAGCGAGUUAUAUAUUCAGACAGCUUGUCUCAGCUGUUGGGUAUCUCCACUGUAGGAACAUCCUUCACAGAGAUAUCAAGGAUGAAAACAUUGUCAUUGCUGAAGAUUUCACAAUUAAAUUAGUGGACUUUGGUUCAGCUGCCUACCUGGAACCUGGGAAAUUGUUUUAUACCUUCUGUGGGACAAUUGAAUACUGCUCACCAGAAGUGCUGUCUGGCAAACCUUUAAUCCUUGGUCAUCUCCCCAUUGAUCUUUGUGCUCCUUGGGACUCGAGGAUUCUUCCCUUGCAACUUCUCUUGCUGCUCUUUUGGAUGUGCUGCCUGAAUCUUGGCUGUCUCUUCCCUCUUCUUUCCCUCUCCAAGUACUCUGUACCUAGCAGCUGGCAGUCCUGUACCUGCUCCACAAGGAAGACUCCCCAUCCCAGGGUGGUACCUGCAGUAAUUGGAUGUGCCUGUAUGUAUCUUGCUCCCACUUCACUGCUGUUUUCGUUGGUCCUUCAGGCAGCUCCUCAUAACAGAGUGGGGGGAGAGAAGCAAUGCCAGGAGGAGAGGAAAUUCCCACUGGGAAUGAGAUGGAAGGUGAAGCAAGCAGCUCUUCCCUGGGAGUUCUCCCUGUUGCUGUGUGAAGGAACUGUCAUGUUUUCUCAGAUGGAAUUCUUUUGUUUUGAAAGGGCUGGGGGGACCUGUUUGCUCUUCCAGUUAAAUAUUUACUUGAUAGUUUUGGCUUAUGGUGAAGAAGUUGUAGGGGUAAGUUCUCUUGUCACCAGCUUACGUGUGUGGAAGUCUGGGUACAUGUUACACACACUCAUCAACAGAAACUGGUUGGCCAUUCUGUGGUGGUUUUAUUUCCUGGAGAAGGAUAAUGCAGACUCCUCAAACACAUGAGAAACUGCUUAGAAUUCUCACAAUCUUCCUAUGUUAAAAUAAAAAUUGGGAAAAAGGGCUGUCAACCUCCUUUUUUCUUUUUACUUUCUUUUGCAGAUAGGUAUAUACUUGCAAUCUGAGUUUAGGCAAGCUUAUCUCUGCACAGGUACCAUGGCCCCGAGCUGGAGAUGUGGUCGCUUGGCAUCACCCUUUACACCUUGGUGCUUGGGGAGAAUCCCUUCUGUGAGCUGGAGGAGGCCCUGGCAGCUGUCCUGA